GACUCCGUAUAUGUUUGGUAUACGCAUGGCUAGGCUACUCAAGGAACUGAGGCCCCUACUACGUAUUCAGUCUGGAUGAAUGUAUAAUCAUAAUGUAUAAGCAUUUUAUGUUUAUUCAUAACUUGGAACCUAUCAGUGAAGGUUGUGCGUUUAAGGAAUUCUUUACGUAUAAUGCUUCACGUUUAGCUUUUGUGAGAAGGAGUGUCGACAACCAUAUAAUGGCGCUUCAUAGAUGAUGCAGGGAACAUUAUAACGAUAGUUGCAACUGAACAGUAUUAUGUAUUUUGAACUGCUGAUCGACUACCAGAAAGACCUGUUUUACGCGUGUUCUUCGCUUUGAUUCAGGCCUCCCCUCAGUUCUGUCAUACUCUCUUGGAGAGUUUGAGCUCACCGUUGCUUCCUCGUUGCAUUUUGAUGCUGAGCAUGACAUUUCAUGGGACCACUGUUAUACCAAGCAAAGGACGAACAGCUUCCUUCCAGAUUUUUAUUCAGCUUCGAAUUUGCAACUUUGAAAAUAUAAAUUUAUUUUAAUCAUUGAUCAACUCUUUAUGGUAUUAUGUGUUGAAACCGAGUUGUGAGAUUACUUAUAUUUCAAUUUAUCUUGGCAACUGAAUGAGGAGAAGAAAAUGUUUUUUCUCAAAAUCUAUGUUUCGUGAUGCUUUGACGGCAUUGUUGGUAGUGACCUUUGGAACUAGUACAUGGGUCUCAAACGGUGGACUCUGGGUAGAAACACCACUUCUCACCAGCAUAGGCGUUCCCGAAGGCUACAAAAUCGGCUCUUAUUUCAUAAUGGUCACACAAGCCGCCAUUAUUGGACCACUUAUAUUCGCCACAUGCCAGUACUUCGCUCCAAAGGACCGACAUCUUGAAAUCCCAGCUAUAUGCGUGACUCUAGCCGUGGGCGUAACGGCAAGUUUCAUCUUGAUUUUCUUCUGGAACUUCCAUUCGAUCUGGUCUCUGGAUGGCUCUGAGCACAGUACCGCCCUUCUUACCCUGGUGUUCUUCAUGUCUCUUGUUGAUAGCACAUCUAAUCUGACCUUUCUGCCUUUCAUCUCCAGUCUCAAGUCAAAGUAUCUCAAUUGGUAUUUCAUAGGAGAGGGACUUAGCUCUGUUAUUCCAAGUAUUGUUGUGCUCAUCCAAGGAUCUGGUGGUGAUGAUAAAUGUGUCGCCAAUCAUACAUUCAUCGACACCACCAAAGACCCUGUCAGCAACGUCACAUUUACUGAAAACUGUACCACAUAUAUGGUGCAGAAGACUGGACACGCCCUUUUCCCUCCAGAGUUGUAUUACACUUUUAUCUUUCUAUUGUUUAUUCUGAGCACAAUUUCGUUUUGCCUUCUACGAUGUCUUCCUAUUAUUCAAGAACAAUAUGAAGACGAUUUUGACGUUGAAACAUCAGAUGAAACAGAAGAUAAGACAUGUUUUAGUUGCUUUAAGCGUUGUAAGCGUCGUAGAAAUAACCCAGAACAAAUAUCUCUACUUAAUUUCCAAAGUCACAGAGUAAAAGGCACUCGAGAAGAACGACUGAACAAGGUAAAGACAAUAGCACCCUCUCUUUUUGAUCACACAAAUAGUGAAGAUUCCGGUGUGAUAAGUGAAGAACAUGAAACGGAUCUAAGUCGAAAAUCUGAUGACGACGAAGCAAAUGGUUCAUUGACCAGAGAGGUUGUUCAAAGAGAUAGAGACCAAACGGGCAGCAGAAUUUUAAAUGAAGAAGGCGGAGUGAAUGAUGAUCCUAGUACAUCUAAAAAGAGUAAAUCGAGUUUCUCAAAGAAGCAUAUAUUCCUCUUCAUAAUCCUGACAGUGAUUAGUUCUCUUAUCUAUGGGGCCCUACCAUCAAUCCAGAGCUACUCUGCAGGAGGAUACGGAUCACAUACUUAUCUCCUCGUCACAGCAUUCGCAGAAAUCAGUGUUCCUAUUGGGUUCGUCCUUGUGAUGAUUCGACCAACUACAAGCAUCCUGAUAGUGCUGCUGACCUGCUUCACAGGCAUACUUGCUGGUACAUAUUGCAUGGUAGUAGCUACUCUAAGCCCAACCCCACCACUCCAAGGACAGAUUUGGGGACAAAUUUUAAUCAUCUUAGCAUGGAUCUUCCAAGGGAUUUCCUUCUCUUAUUGCCGGGCAACCAUCGCAUGGAUUCUUCGUAAUGACGGUGGAUAUCGAGUAUCCAUGAUGAUUUUCGGAGGUUGUACAACACUCGGUACCCUGAUCGGAGCCUUUGUCAUGUUCCCGCUCAUCAACGUAUUCGAACUCUUUGAAGGGUUCAAUCCAGCUCAAGGAUGUACCGAUAAGGUCACCUGUGUCAUGCUUGGAAAUGAGACUGCAAGCUUAAUGUAAUGAUUGUUGCAAUGAGAUGUCAUUUUAUUGACGGAUGACUGCGUCAUCUACAAUAAUAAUGGUAAUAAUAGCUAGUUCUUAUAUAGCGCUUUUCAGGACCGAAGGGCCCUCUCAAAGCGCUUUACAGAUAUAUAUAUAUUACCCCGGUCUACAAAAAGUGAAUGUAAAAUCUACAGCCUAAACUUUGGGUUGGAUUACUGGUACAUAUAUUCAUUUAGGCUUGAUAUAUUACAUGUGUAAUAACGCCAUCGAAAUCACACCCCGUGUGCAGAGGACAUUACUUGUCAACAGCCAACACUCGGCAUCGGCGAUCUUUGAUGAUUCAAAACUAUACAAAAAUCAAACACAAAUAGUAAUUUUGCCCAGCCGUAAUCACAAAUAGGACUUGCCUUUAAUUGCAGUGGUUUUUUUUAAGAGGUCGUAAAUCAUACGAUGAUUGUGGGUAAGUUUUCCAUCUGUAUGUUUAGGUUGUACAACACUUUCUCCUCGGCCAAUUACCAACACCAACCAAAAAUUAUUUACUUCAUCCCAGGACCAAACACCAUUCCUAACCCUAGCCCUAACCCUAAACAAAGCCUAAACCUAAUUGCAAUCUCAACCUAUACCCCUAGUAUAGUCUGCAACACAAUAAAGUCAGAGCAAAUACAUUACAUCGUGUAUUCUUAAAUGUUGCUGAUAUGGUGCUUAUCAUAAUGUUCGCAACCAAUUUAAUUCAAUUCAAUUAAUGUAAUGCAAUCAAAAGACGUUUUGUAAAAAUAAUUUCUCAUGAAAGAUGAAAGCAGCCGAAGCUGGAUCAAUUAUGUUGACAUGUAACGUUCGCUUACUAAAUAACAUUUUAAUGGAUAGUAGCAUGUUAGAAACAAACAUACAUUGUGCUUUAUAAAAAGGUAGGUAAGUAAUGGCAAUUACGUGUCAUGUUUUAAAAAGUAUACAUAUUUUUCUUAGAUCUGUUUGAAAAAUAAAUUGCAAUUGCACUAGUUAAACAAAAUCAAAAUAGACUUAUCAUAUAAAAUCUACAUAAGGAGAAGACUAGGACAAUGUACAUGAAAUUGAUUGUUCACUUUUGCUUCUGACUUGUAAAUGAAUUCUAUGAAUUCAAAUAUUAGUGUUAUAUAGUCAAAUCGUAUAUAUUGUCAUAAAAUAUAUUUUAAUGUUAAAAAGAUAUAUCUAGUAAAUAAAUAUGGUUGUUUACAUAAUAUCAUGGAGGACAUUGUUGAUUA